GUUUCCUCACGGCGGGAAUGGCGGACCGGGACCCGGUGCCCGUCACUGCGGAGGUUCGGGCCAGACUGCCCGAGCUGGAGCUGGAGUUAUCCGAGGGAGACAUCACACAGAAGGGCUAUGAGAAGAAGAGAUCCAAGCUGAUUGGAGCCUUCUUCCCACAAGCACCAGGAAUGGACCCGUCCAUGGGCCAGGAGAGGAGAGCCCCGGUAACCCCGUCCUCGUCCUCCCGGUACCACCGCCGGCGGUCCUCUGGCUCCAGAGACGAGCGCUACCGAUCGGACGUGCACACAGAGGCGGUGCAGGCGGCCCUGGCCAAGCACAAGGAGAGGAAGAUGGCGGUGCCGAUGCCUUCGAAGCGCCGCUCGCUGGUGGUCCAGACCUCGAUGGACGCCUACACGCCGCCAGACACCUCCUCGGGGUCAGAGGGCGAGGUUCAGGGCGACGAAGGGGAGGCAGGAGAGGAAGAGGACGGAGGGGGCGGAGGAACCUCGUCCAGCCGGGAGGGGAACAUCAGCAUGGAGCGCUGGAUAAACCGGGCCAUCCACGGCACCUCCUCCACCACCACCACCACCUCCUCCACGGCCUCCUCCUCCUCCUCUUCCACACGCAGCGGCGGCAGCGGGGCGGCCGGGGGCCGGCUGGCCGACGUCCUGUCCCAACACGCCCACCACCACCACCACCACCACCCCCGGCAGCACCACCGCCACCACCGCAAGACAGAGAACCACUCCGCCCCUCCAGACGUCACCGGCUACACCAACAGCGCCCCCGAGGGGAUCCAGGUGGAGCGGGCGCCGGCCGCUGGCACCGCGGCCCAGAGGCCGACGCCCAAGUACGGCAACGCCGAGCUGAUGGAGACCGGAGACGGUGUUCCAGUCAGCAGCAGAGUCUCCGCUAAGAUUCAGCAACUCGUCAACACGCUGAAGAGACCCAAGCGGCCCCCGCUCAGGGAGUUCUUUGUCGACGACUUCGAGGAGCUUCUCGAAGUCCAGCAGCCGGACCCCAACCAGCCCAAGGCGGAGGGCGCCCAGAUGGCGGCCUCGCGGGGCGAGCAGCUGGGCGUGGUGACCAACUGGCCCCCCUCCCUGGAGGCGGCCCUGCAGAGGUGGGGCACCAUCUCCCCGAAGGCCCCCUGCCUCACCACCAUGGACACCAACGGCAAGCCGCUCCACGUGCUCACCUACGGGAAGCUGUGGUCCAGAAGUGUGAAGGUGGCCUUCAACCUGCUGCACAAACUGGGAACCAAACAGGAGCCGCUGGUCAGACCUGGAGACCGGGUGGCGCUGGUCUUCCCGAACAACGACCCCGCCGCCUUCAUGGCGUCGUUCUACGGCUGCCUGCUGGCCGAGGUCGUCCCCGUGCCGAUCGAAGUGCCGCUGUCCAGGAAGGACGCCGGCAGCCAGCAGAUCGGCUUCCUGUUGGGCAGCUGUGGAGUGACGGUGGCUCUGACCAGCGACGCCUGCCACAAAGGGCUUCCCAAGAGCCCCACCGGAGAGAUCCCCCAGUUCAAAGGCUGGCCCAAGCUGCUGUGGUUCGUCACGGAGUCCAAACACCUCUCAAAGCCGCCCCGAGACUGGUUCCCCCACAUCAAGGACGCCAACCAGGACACCGCCUACAUCGAGUAUAAGACCUGUAAGGACGGCAGCGUGCUGGGUGUGACGGUGAUGAGGAUCGCCAUGCUCACACACUGCCAGGCGCUCACACAGUCGUGCUCUUACACAGAAGCUGAGACCAUAGUGAAUGUAUUAGACUUCAAGAAGGACGUGGGACUGUGGCACGCCGUCCUGACUAGCGUCAUGAACAUGAUGCAUGUCCUCAGUAUUCCUUACGCCCUCAUGAAGGUCAACCCUCUGUCCUGGAUCCAAAAGGUCUGCCAGCACAAAGCCAAGGUGGCGUGCGUGAAGUCCCGGGACAUGCACUGGUCCCUGGUGGCCCACCGCGAGCAGCGGGACGUCAGCCUGAGCUCGCUGCGCAUGCUGGUGGUGGCCGACGGGUCCAAUCCCUGGUCGAUCUCGUCAUGUGACGCCUUCCUCAACGUCUUCCAGACUAAAGGUUUGAAGCCGGAGGUCAUUUGUCCCUGUGCCAGCUCCCCCGAGGCCCUGACUGUAGCUUUAAGGAGGCCCGUGGAGGAGGGCACCACCCCCCCCGGCCGCGGCGUGCUGUCCAUGCAGGGUCUGAGUCACGGCGUGAUCCGGGUCGACUCGGAGGAGAAGCUGUCCGUCCUCACGCUGCAGGACGUCGGCGCCGUCAUGCCUGGAGGGCUGAUGUGCGUGGUGAAGCCGGAGGGCGUCCCUCAGCUCUGCAGGACCGACGAGAUCGGGGAGUUGUGCGUCUGUACCGUUGCCACGGGAACCUCCUACUACGGCCUGGCCGGCAUGACCAAGAACACGUUUGAGGUUUUCCCGUUGACCAGCGGUGGGGCCCCCGUCGGGGAGUUUCCCUUCACCAGGACGGGCCUGCUGGGCUUCAUCGGCCCCGCCGGGCUGAUCUUCGUGGCGGGAAAGAUGGACGGCCUGAUGGUGGUCGGCGGGCGGCAGCACAACGCCGACGACAUCGUGGCCACGGCGCUCGCCGUGGAGCCCAUGAAGUUCGUCUACAGGGGCCGGAUAGCGGUGUUCUCCAUCACGGUGCUCCACGACGAGAGGAUCGUGGUGGUGGCGGAGCAGCGGCCCGACUCCACCGAGGAAGACAGCUUCCAGUGGAUGAGCCGAGUCCUGCAGGCGAUAGACGGUAUCCACCAGGUGGGGGUGUACUGCCUGGCUCUGGUGCCCUCCAACACCCUGCCCAAGACUCCCCUGGGUGGCAUCCACCUGUCGGAGACCAAGCAGCUCUUCUUGGAGGGGGCGCUGCACCCCUGCAACGUGCUCAUGUGUCCGCACACCUGCGUCACCAACCUGCCCAAACCCCGGCAGAAACAACCAGAGAUCGGUCCUGCGUCCGUCAUGGUGGGGAAUCUGGUGUCGGGGAAGAGGAUCGCUCAGGCCAGCGGCCGGGAUCUGGGCCAGAUAGAAGACAAUGACCAGGCAAGGAAGUUCCUCUUCCUGUCCGAGGUGUUACAGUGGAGAGCUCAGACCACUCCGGACCACGUCCUGUACACACUGCUCAACUCUAGGGGUACGAUAGCCAGCUCUCUGACUUGUGUUCAGCUGCAUAAGAGGGCGGAGAAGAUCGCCGGCAUUCUGGCUGAACGGGGCCACCUACAGGACGGAGACCACGUCGCUCUGGUCUACCCCCCAGGCAUCGACCUCAUCGUGGCGUUCUACGGCUGCCUUUACGCCGGCUGUGUUCCCAUCACGGUGCGACCGCCUCACCCGCAGAACAUCGCCACCACGCUGCCCACCGUGAAGAUGAUCGUGGAGGUGAGCCGGUCGGUGUGCGUGAUGACCACGCAGCUCAUCUUCAAGCUGCUGAGGUCCAAGGAGGCCUCGGCCGCCGUGGACGUCCGCUCCUGGCCCCCCGUCCUGGACACAGAUGAUUUGCCAAAGAAGAAACCUCCUCUGCUGUAUAAACCGUCCAACCCCGACACCCUGGCCUACCUGGACUUCAGCGUCUCCACCACCGGCAUGCUAGCUGGAGUCCAGAUGUCCCACACAGCCACCAGUGCCUUCUGCCGCUCCAUCAAGCUGCAGUGCGAGCUUUACCCGUCCAGAGAGGUCGCCAUCUGCCUGGACCCCUACUGCGGCCUGGGCUUCGUCCUCUGGUGCCUCUGCAGUGUGCACUCGGGUCACCAGUCCGUCCUCAUCCCCCCGUCCGAGCUGGAGGCGAACCCGGCUCUCUGGCUCUCGGCCGUCAGUCAGUACAAAGUCCGGGACACCUUCUGCUCGUACAGCGUGAUGGAGCUCUGCACCAAGGGGCUCGGCCUGCAGACCGACUCCCUGAAGUCCCGAGGGUUGGACUUGUCUCGCGUGAGGACCUGCGUGGUGGUGGCGGAGGAGCGUCCCAGGACGGCCCUGACGCAGUCCUUCUCCAAGCUCUUCAAGGACCUGGGGCUCCACCCGCGGGCCGUCAGCACCUCCUUCGGCUGCCGGGUGAACCUGGCCAUCUGUCUGCAGCCUCACAGGCUGGGAAAGCUUGCCGACCAGGGGACCUCUGGACCCGACCCCACCACCGUGUUUGUGGACAUGAGGGCGCUGCGACACGACAGGGUCCGGCUGGUGGAGCGGGGGUCCCCCCACAGCCUGCCGCUCAUGGAGUCCGGGAAGAUCCUGCCGGGGGUUCGGAUCAUCAUCGCCAACCCGGAGACCAAGGGGCCAAUGGGGGAGUCUCAUCUGGGCGAGAUCUGGGUGCAGAGCGGCCACAACGCCAGUGGCUACUUCACCGUCUACGGGGACGAGGCGCUGCAGUCGGACCACUUCACCUCGCGGCUCAGCUUCGGGGACACGCAGACGGUGUGGGCGCGGACCGGCUACCUGGGCUUCCUGCGCCGCACCGAGCUGACCGACGCCAGCGGAGAGCGUCAUGACGCCCUCUACGUGGUCGGCGCUCUGGAGGAGGCCAUGGAGCUCAGAGGGAUGCGUUACCACCCCAUCGACAUCGAGACCUCCGUCAUCAGGACGCACAAGAGCAUCACCGAGUGCGCGGUGGUCACCUGGACCAACCUGCUGGUGGUGGUGGUGGAGCUGGAGGGCUCUGAGCACGAGGCCCUGGACCUGGUGCCGCUGGUCACCAACGUGGUGCUGGAGGAGCACUACCUCAUCGUGGGCGUGGUGGUGGUGGUCGACAUCGGCGUGAUCCCAAUCAACUCCCGCGGCGAGAAGCAGCGCAUGCACCUGCGCGACGGCUUCCUGGCCGACCAGCUGGACCCCAUCUACGUGGCCUACAACAUGUAGGCCCCCUCCCCCCCUCCCGGUGGGCAUCGUGCAACGGUUGUUUAAGGAAGUCAUGGAAACCUUUUUAUCGGCAAAAUUGAGAGGCCCCCGUUCCUCCGGCCGUGGAGCAGCAGAGAAGUUCUCCCAGAGGAAGAGGAAGACCUUCAGUGAAGAUCUGAUGAAGCCACUUGUUUUAUUUUGUUUUUUAACACGUCCUCAGAAUAGUUUAAGCUAUUUUUACAUAAAAAACAAACUGCGGCAAAAAAACUUAAUAUUUGACAAUAUCAACGGAUCUGUGUUUUGAUACGGGAGGGCGGCGGCGCUUUGGCUUUUUUGAUGAGGUACUUCACGUUGGUUUCAUGCUAGCUGUGUUUUUCCGUUUUGUAAGCGCUGCGUUUGUUUUAUUUUGUAUUAUCUGAACCGAUCCGUGUGCUAGCAGCUAACAGCUCUAGCAGCUGCUGCCUUUUACUCGAAGUUCCCAUCAUGUAAGUAUGUACAAAAAGAAACCGAUUUAAUUUAUUUUGCCUCUUUUAGAAGUUUAUGACGAGACGUUGUCUCUUGAAUAUUUGCUAAUAUAAAAAGAAACUGAAAAGCUUUGUAUUUUGAGUGCAACACACUCACGUCAAAACAGAAGUAUAUGAUUAUAGUUUAUUUUAAAACGUAAAAGAUUCACAAUAUGCUUUUCCCUUUUUUACCUGCAUGUUGGUCAGAAGCGUUUAAAUGAGUCAAAUUAGAAGUGAAAGUUUGAUUUUAUCACACACGAAGAGUUCUGCACCCAAACAUCCACGUUUAAUAGAUUUUCCCCCAAAAGAAACACCUUUAAAUUUCACAUCAUUCUCACAUUUCUAGUUUUUUUUUAUUUUUUAAGUGAGUAAUCCACGUAAUAAAAAAACUAAAAUGUCUCUGAGGAUUUAUAUCAUAUGGUACAUACUGUAUAUCAAUAAUGAUAUUGAUCACAUUGUAUCAUAUAACUUUUAACAAUCUUUUAUCCUGUUUUAAGUUGAAGGGUCGGCUUCCUGUCGUGCCGUUCAACGCAUCUUUUACAACUCAGGCAUUAAACAUUUGUUUAUACUUUAAAUUCAAAGAUACUAGGGCGCUUCACAUUUGGGUCAGAACUCUUCACAAGCUUCUAAUCUCCAAAUAGAAAACGAGUUUACAUUUCUCAGUUUUACCAACUCUUACUGGAAAAAUACCUCUUCAAUUGAAGCAGACCGACGAGCAGCAGCGGACUCUUUUAGGGGGGAAUCCUCGUCAACGUUGCGUAACCGUGACAACAGGUGUUGUAAAUAUCAGUCAGAAGUCAUUCAUAUUUUUACAUGGACAGAUCGAUCAGUGAUGUCACAGCAGGAACAAAAGGCCGACGACGGGAAGCAGAAUGUGAAGCCGCUUGGACUGUGGAGAGGUCAAGGGUCGCAGGAGAAUGCGAGAAUGAUCUGGUUUCAACACUCAAACUGAAGAAGAAAAAAAAACAAGCACUUUUUCGUUCUUGUUUCAGAUCCCUCCCCAGUAUGUUUUUUAAAGGUUUUAAAAAUGUCUUAUUUGAGUUAACAGGAAUCUUUCAAUUGAAUAAAUAUUUCAGCAAUUUUGA